CAGAGUGCUUGCUGUGUGCUACAGCAACUCCGGCGCGCGCCGUCGACGCGUGCCGUUCUCUCGGCCGGCUACAAACGCUUUUGAACUGAUGCGUUUGGUGAGCCCUUCUUGGUGCGUUACGUGCGCGCCGGCGUGACGAUUUCACAGCUGUCAGUCUGGUGCUGGGAGAGCUGAGUUGAGCACUGCUAAACGCGGCACCCUGCGGCCCUAUAGCACUUGCACGCUUAUCGUUCCACGAGAUAUAGAACCUCUACGCUGCAAUCGAUGCCGCCCGCAGCGACGCUCACCCGCAGCACAAUACUACAAUGGGCCCUCACCAGCCGCAUCCUCACGGUCGCCUGGUGCGUCCUCAGCGACCUCCUACUCCCGGACCACGCCGCGACGGAUGUCGAGAGAUGGCAAGCUGACCAAGAAGCCGUGCUGCCGGCGUGGCUCACGCGGCCGUUCACACGAUGGGACGCCGCGCAUCUGUUAAGAGUAGCAAGGUUCGGCUACGUCACAGAUAGGGACGCGGCGUUCUUUCCGUUGUAUCCGUGCCUCGUGCAUUACGUUACGAAACUGCUCCCGUUCCUGGCCGAGGCCGAGCGCUACGUCGUCGCCGGCACUUUCGUAUCGAACGCGUGCUUCGUGUUAGCUGUUCUAUUCGCCUACGACGCGUCCCUCAAGUUCCGCCCGGCCCUCGCGGACAAGACCGCCCUGGCGCUGUGCGCGACGCCGGCGAGCGUCUUUUGCAGCGUUCCCUACUCGGAGUCGCUGGCCGCGCUCCUGGGCUUUGGUGGCGUCGCCUUAUUGGGAAGGAACCGGCCGUGGCUCGCUUCCGUACUAUUCGCGUCGGUCGCUGCCACCAGAUCCAACGGGUGCCUCCUCGCGAUCGUGGUAGUAGCGGACGGCCUCGCGCGAUCAAUACCGAAGCGCGGCCGGUCGCUCCAACUCCUCGGCACGUCUAUGAGAUCGGCAUUGAUCAUACUGCCGCCCGUCGCGAAGGAUUUGUGGCACUUCCACAAAAGCGGCGUCGCGCGGUCCGCCUUCGCGCACGCGCAGUCAAGUGGAUGGGGCGUCGGUUUAUUCGCAUACUGGCAGUUCAAACAAAUCCCGAACUUCGUGCUCGCGGCGCCUUCACUAUGUCUCGCCAUGAUCGCGUGCCGCGACGCGCUGAAAAGGCGGCCUCCCAUAAAACGGCUCGUCGCGGACCUGCGCGCCGGCGACGACGGCGCGCGCCUUUCUGUGAUCGAGCUCGCGCUGGCGGCCCACGCCGCGGCGACGGCGGGCCUGUGCUUUUUUGUGGCGCACGUCGAGAUCGCGACGCGGCUCCUCGCGUGCGGCUGCCUGCCCUUCUCCUGGGCCCUCACGUCUGUUGAUAGGCCGUUCUGGCGGUGGUGCGUGCUCGUGUUCGUCGUCGUCGGGCCGGCGGCGCAUUGCAAUUUUUUGCCGUGGACCUGAUUAACGUUUUUGUGUUGUG